AUGAGCAUCUUUUACGUAACCAUCGCUGCAUACAUCUUGAUCGGCGGUGUCGGAGUUGGUAUUUUCCUAUGGGGCAAAGAGCAUGGAAACUCCUUCUUCGACAAGCUCUACCGCCUCUUCUGCAUGCAUUUUCCGAGACUGCUCAAGAAGGCUUUAGAGAAGGUUUUCGGCAAGAGAGCUCCUGCCGUGUUGGACGCUGCUUGGGUGUACGUUUGCUACACAAGCAAUCCGUUGGUGCAGAUAUUUUAUUUGCUCGUCGUGGUGGGUGGCUACGCCACCUUUGUGGCAUACAGCCACCCUCACAUUCCGAACAAGCUGCUUAGCAAUGUCCACAAGUACAUCGGUUUUGGUAUCUUCUCUACUUGCCUGGCAAUCUGGUGGAGAGCCUGCACAGCCGAUCCGGGGAUUGUGACUCCUCAGAAUCUGGACAAGAUUUGCGAGAUUUGGAAGUGGGACGAGCAGAUCUUUCACAUGGCCGUCUGCAGAUCUUGCGAGCUUGCGAAACCGGCACGCUCCAAGCACUGCUCCCUGUGCAACCACUGCGUGGCAAGGUUCGACCACCAUUGCAUUUGGAUCAACAACUGCGUGGGUGUUGGAAACCACAAGUACUUCCUAGCGUUUCUGGGUGCACACCUCGUGAUCUGCUUUUACGGCUUCGGGCUCACGGCGACAAUCCUGUACAACCUGAUCGUGCAGAAGGAGCUCCUGAGCGCCGUCUUCGUUCGUCCGGACACUCGCGAACGGUUUCAAGCGACGAAGCUCAUGGUGAUGCAGUACUUGCUUGCCACGGAGGGCAUGGUGGUGUUCAUUUGCGCCCUCUGUUGCAUUAUGGGAGUCGUGCUCUUCGGCUUCUUCGGCUGGCACCUGUACUUAGUGAAAGCAGGGACCACAACGAACGAGCUGAGCAAGUGGAGCUACGUCAGGAUGUGCUUGAAACACGAAGGUCCGGAGGGAAAGGAGAAGUUGAAGCUCCUCGUGAAUGAGUAUGACCAGGUCUUAGUGCACUUGACACAUCUUGUCGUCCAUUGCAGACUGAUUUUCAAGAGGUGUCAUCCGAUGUAUCUUUGA